AUGCGUGUGGCGAUACAAGGCUGCUGCCAUGGUGAAUUACACCAAGUGUUUCAGAGAGUAGCUGAAUUGCACGCUGAAAACCCUAUAGAUCUUUUGCUAAUCCUUGGUGAUUUCCAAAGUAUAAGGGAUGAGAAGGAUUUCCAAUCCAUUAGCAUCCCACCAAAAUACCAAAAAUACGGAGAUUUCAGGGAUUAUUACCACGAUGAUGAAUUGAAACCAUCUGUGUUGACUUUGUUCAUCGGUGGGAACCACGAAUCCAUGCGGCACUUGAUGCUUUUGCCCCAUGGAGGGUAUGCCGCUCGAGAUAUCUACUACUUGGGUUACUCCAACGUCAUAUGGUACCGUGGAUUGAGGAUAGGUUCUUUAAGUGGUAUUUGGAAGAAGUGGGACUUUCACAAAGAUAGACCUAGCUGGGAAACUCUGGAAUCGGGGCAAUGGUCUUCCAAGGUACGUGAAUUAUACCAUGUCAGGAGUUCCGACACGAAACCGCUGUUCAUGUUGAAUGGCCCACUAGAUAUCAUGAUGAGUCACGACUGGCCCAACGAGGUGGUAUAUCAUGGCAAUACGCAGGAUUUACUCAAGUGGAAACCUUUUUUCAAGAAAGAUAUUCAAACGCAUCAGUUGGGGAAUCCAAUCAGCUGGAAACUAUUAACGCAUUUGAAACCUAAAUGGUGGUUUAGUGCACAUUUACAUGUCAAAUAUAAAGCAAUUGUGAAGCACAAUAAGAGGAAGAAGAAGAACCAAGAUGAAGUUGAUUUGGAUUUGUCAAGUGAAGAUGAGCGUGAUGAUUUAGAAACUGUUUUCUUGGCACUUGACAAGUGCCUACCGAGAAGGCAAUGGCUCGAAAUCAUUGACAUUGAGCCAGACACUACGCAUCCAUCUUUCAAAAACAAGGACACAUUAUACUGGGACCCUGAAUUUAUCUCAAAUCUACAAACCGUCGCUGACCAAAACUCUAUUCCGAAGGUCAAAGAUGCAAUAGACUGGGACCAAUACCAAAUACCUCAAUACGUUCCCGGCAUCCAACGACAAGAGACUGAACAAACUUCUAAUUACAAUCAUAAAUUUUUCUCGAAUAUAUAUAAUGCCUAA